AUGGCGGAAGAAACUAUUCGGUCUAAGAAUCAAAAAGUUGUCAACGACUAUCUCGAUACUCCAUUUUGGGAGAGUGAUGAUCAUGUGUCUCGGAUCUUCAGCUCCAACUGUACAUGGGAGUUCCCAUACGCACCACCUGGAAUGCCUCAAAUCUUCCCACGACCUCGAAGACCAGUUCUCGUUCAAUGGCUGCGUCGAACAAUGCGAAAUUGGUCACGCUCCCAAAUACAACACUAUCCAACUCUGAAUGCCAGCCGCUUCUGGGUUGAGUCAACAACCACAGCUACUGUCACGUGGGGGGAUCAUGUUCAACGCGAGUUCAAAUGUGCGCAUAUAGAGCUCAUUGAAAUUAUGGACGGCAAAAUCUCAACCCUGAAAACAUGGAGCGACCCUGUCGCCUACUAUGAAGCGGCGGGGAUUCAUCUCCCUCCCUUUGCCUUCAACAACAGUCCAGCAUCGCCUCCAGAAUACGUCGACGUGCCGUUCCCUAACCCACCCACGGAGGACUCAGAGGUGUCUGAGACCAAGAAGAGACUCUUCUCCUGGUAUCUGCGCCCAUCUCCUGACAAUCAACAAGAAUUGGAAGAGAAGGCCAAGACAAAGAUUCUUUUUGAUCCCGAGUUUCGAUUCGCUAUGCCAUUCAUGCCUCCAGGUUUGACGCAUGGUGGUGAUCGCAACCUCGAAGCUACUAUGAUCGAGUGGGUGGAUGAGACGAAAGUCGAAUGGAAUCAAAACAAGGAUUUUGAGCGAGACAAAUUCGUUGAUCCUGAUCUCUCGAUCGUUGAGAGCUACGGAAAUUGGGGAACUUUCCGCUGGGGUGCUAACAACUCGCCGUCUGGCUAUUAUAAUGACUAUGUAAGAAUCUUUCCAACAUCCAGAUUUGACAUUCUCUGA